UUAGGUAGUUGCUUCUAUGCCAGGAACGGACUAUGCCGAGGAUAGCAUACCAAGGAUAUCAUUGACUGAAGGGCUAGAACUCAACACACAAUUGUUUUUAGAAAUGCAGAUUAAAAAGAUGAAGGAAAUAAUACCACAGUUAUAUACAGAUCAGGUGAAUGACAAAAAUAAUUCUUUGGCUACAUCCCCGAAGCAACUCGCCAGUGAGCAUGUGAGUCAGCCCAAUGGACCAGAAAGUCAGUCCCAUGGUUAUGAAGACUCCAAGACAGAGGAUGACAAGAUGUGUAUGGUUACUUGUUUAAGGUGUAGAAGUAUACAAAAAGUCCCACUCCAGGAGCUGAAAAAAGAUAACCAAUAUAGUCAAAUUGAAGACCAGAUGUUCUUUGUUUGUGUCAAGUGCACCUUUGGUGUAUCUCCUUCUAUCCCUUUUAUGAAUGAUAUACCAGGUUCUAUUGAUUCAGGAAAUAAAGAUGCUACUAUUUCAAGGACUAUUACUAACCAAUUUAAAGUGAAAAACUUUCAACCAGGCAAAUAUUAUUGUGAUAAAUGCCGAUUUUCUACCAGGGACCCUCUGCAAUAUAAAAAGCACACACUCCAACAUGAAGAGAUUAAAUUCUUUUGUUCUCACUGCAGCUAUGUCUCAUACACAAAAGGAGAAUUCCAGAGACAUUUGGUGAAACACACAGGGACGUUUCCGUAUCAAUGCGAGUAUUGUGACUAUGGUGCCGUUAGAAAUGAUUAUAUAGUUAAACAUACCAGACGAGUUCAUGAGACCAGUGGGGAGAAACGACCUCUCAGACAGGUUAUGGAACACCAGCCAAAGAGAACCAAUUUUUCAAAACUUAACUCUGAGGAUCUUUUAAAUGAAGUUUCUAAGUCAAAUUCUAUUUUGAAUGAGCCAUCAGAUUCACCUUUAUAUUUCCCUGGACAUGGAGAUCAGGACAAAACAGGCCCUGCUAUUUCUUUACCUGAAUCUAAGGAGUGCAGCAGGGAUGAAGCAGCCUCAGCUCCUGAUAAAGCUUGCCUUCCUGAACCAAGCAAAGUUAACCUUUUUGAGAAUGAAAAUGUGGAAGUUGAAUUGUUAUCUCCAACAAAAGAACCUGUGCAACCUGGCAUGCCACUCACUGUGGUUGCACCAGCAGAACUUAGAGUCCCUGAUAACUGUUUAGCCCAGCUGAUAGAUGUUAAGGUGGUCAAUGGGACUCAACAACUUGUUCUAAAACUAAUUCCUCUGAAAGAAAAAAAUGGCUUUAAAUUUGGCAGCUCUGAUGAAGGUAAGUAUGAGCUUAUAAACAAACACACAGUGCCAAAUGAGCAAGAAAAAUUAGUGCCUACUGAACAAACCCCACCAGCAAUGGAAGGGAGUCCUGAGAAGCCAUUGGACGUUAAUAAUCUGCAUUCCACUGAUUAUACACACAUGAAGGAUAUAGACUGUAUAAAAUCUUCUGAUUCUCAAGUGUUAAAGAAUACUUCAAUGACUAAUCAAAACCAAUGUGAGUCCUGUCCAAAUAAUGACAGAGUUGAGAAUUGGAGUCAAGAAGUGCUUUCAUUUCCAAACAGAACUGCCCUCUCUCCUCUUUCCUCAAGAGAUGGUCAUAUUGAACAAAAUAAUUUUUCUUCAUUAUCUGUGAUGAAUAAUGUUUUUCCAACUUUGUCUGCCCUCUCCCCCUGUCAAGAGAGAUUUCAGAACUAUUUAGAGAAACCGUCAGGCUGCAAGUCUACUGAAACUCUUGUGGCUUUGCCAAAAAAAGGCAUGUUGCCAUUAAACCCAGAAGCCUCUUUGCACAGGAAUGAAGUUGAUACUUCUAAAAUGGUUACUUUCAGUGAGAAGCUGAAUCAAGCACAAGCAAAAGAAUCUGGUGAUUCAAAUUCAAUGCAAGAUUCCACUUUACAUAGAAGUGAACAAUCACAUAUCAACUUAAUUAGAGAAAAUGAUAUUAAGACUCAAGAUCCUGAGGAGGUUAUGUCGGAAGACCUUGUUGGAGUUGCUCUUCAGAAUUCAGGAAGUAACAUCACUUCUUCAGAUGGCCCUGUCAUUUCAUCAGUGUUUUCUCUUAGCUCUGGGGUUGAAAAUAUCCCUGAAGGGAUUAAAUGGGACAAUUCAUGUUUUAGGACAAAGUCAUUUAAUUCUUUGCAGAGAAAAAUUGCUCAGUUGAUUGCUGCUACUGAAUCUUCAAAAACUUCACUGUCUCCUUCAAGCACUGUGGAACAACAGUCCUUACCUUUGGAAACUCCCCUAGACUGUGUUCAGGGACAUAACAUACCAAAUACUGACCUGGUUCUACCCCAGGCACUACAGAACAAUGCUGCUGGUGUUGAACAACUGAUUCAUGAACAAAUGCAACAGCAGGACAAUGUGUAUGAGCAAACAAAAGCUAAGGAAAUCACAAACAAUAAUGAUGCUGUUUCUGUGUUCAUUCCAAAAGACACUGGGUUGAAAGCAUUCAGUUCCACUGAGAAUGAACAUUUAGUAGAGAAUAAAUUGCCUCCUGAUGGCAAUGAAAGAGAAUUAUCAAAAUCUGUUCCUUCCAAUUGUCUUGAACAGAUAGCUGAAGACUUGUCUUUGACAAAUAAAAAUCGGUUAAUAGACAGUUCCAGAAAUUUUGGUACAUUGCUGGAGAACAAGCCAAAUCAAGAAUAUACUACCAGUACUGUCUCUGACAAAUCCAAUUCUUCAUGUCCACAAACAGAAGAAGGCAAUGACCAGGAUAAACAGGAAAAAUUGACUUUUAAAGGUCCAUCAGGGUCCAAAAUUAAUACAAAACAGGCACUUCUUUCCAAGAAAAAAACAAAAAUUCUGUCUGACUCCAGUCACAUGCUUCCGGAUGUUUGUAUUUUUAUGACAUCAAGACAUCUCAGACUUAUACCUGUUAAAACAGAGCAGUUGAUUAAAUGCCCCCGCCGGAACCAACCUGUUGUUGUGUUAAACCACCCAGAUGUUGAUUCAAUAGAAGUUAUUAAUGUUAUGAAGGUUGUCAACAAGUAUAAAGCGAAUGUCCUUAAAGUGGUUUUAUCAGAACGAACAUGUGACCAACUAGGUAUAAAGCGGCAUCACAGGCGACUUAUCUAUCAGAACCUGGAGGCAGUGUGCCCAGUGAAAAAGACUAUGCUGAAAAUGAAACUUAAAAAGAUCCACAAGAACAGCUACCAGGUAGUGGAUUCCUUACCAGAUGAAUCAGUACAGGGUAUGUUUAAAUGUUGGUUUUGUGGAAGGAUAUAUGAAGACCAGGAAGAGUGGAUGAGUCAUGGGCAGCGACACUUGAUAGAAGCAACCAGAGAUUGGGAGCAGCUUUCUCCUCCUUUGGGGACCCCCAAAUGAAUAGCUGGGAUUAAAAACAAUUGGCUUUUCUUAUAUUUAGGUAGACUAUUAAUUUUUUUUUGAGGGCAAAGGAAUGGGAAAGGAAAGAAGCCAGAAUGAAAGGGAGAGAAAAUGCAAAUUGUGUGUAGGGAUAAAAAGAGAUGAUUAGCACUUCAGAAAGACUGAACUAUCCAGAAUAUUCUAAACAGGUCAAAGUGUUUUAUACUCUGCACCCUGUUACAGAGACAGCUGUUAAUGGUGUUGUCUGCUUGCUUGAUAGGAAGUAAAUUGCCACAGUAGUAGACUAAGUUAUCCUUGCUUUUAAUUCUUUGAUUUCCUUUGAUAAAGGAAAACUGAGCCGCAAGAACAUUGCCUUAUAGUGAAUUAUGAGCCACUACUACCCAA